GAAAUAUCAAGCGUUUAUUAACAUGGAAAACGAAAGUGGAAUUUUCUUCGAUUUUUGCGCAUUUUACAAGUUUUAAAUACACGUCAUAGAUUAUGUUGUAAAAACAGAGGAGCUGAAACACCGAUAUGACUGACCCAGGUUUCCAAGGAAACAACGGGGCUGAUCCAGAAACCCUGGAGAAAGAUGGAAUUUCCUUUGCCCAGCAGGCUGUCACUUGUGACCAACAACAGCAGCAUGCUAUGGCAAUGUUCUUUUAUACUGAAGCCGCCCAGGCCUUACUGAAUGCAGUAAUGAGUGGGUCAAGAAUGCCUGGGAUCACAGAUAAGGCACAUCAGUAUAUAACUAGAGCAGAGGAACUGAAGAAAAUGACCUCUCACAGUACACAAGCCAUGCAUCAAACAAUGACAUCACACCAGCUUGACUUAGAAAGAGCUAGAUUUCUAAUUAAGCAAGCAUUUGAUGAGGAUGAUGUUGGAAAUGAACAAGAAGCGAUAGAUCUGUACACAGAAGCUGUAGAACUUUGUCUUAAGAUUAGAUCUGGAACAAGUGAUACAGCUUUACAAGAUAAGGUGAAAAAACUGGCAACACAAGCUUUAGAUAGCAUGUUAGUAAAGAAAUUUGAGGAAUCCUCAAAAGAUUUAACAGAUUUACUGAAUCAAGCAUUUUUAGUGGCCUAA